AUGACUUUAGCAGCCCCAGGUGCUAUGGAAGAAGAUCAAUCGAGUUCUUUCAAGCCAGUAUUGCAAUACUUUAAAAGUUGUUUAGAUAACAGAGACAUUGGUACUUGUUUAGCUGUAAAAGGAAUAUCAAUGAUGAAUAGAGCUGCUAGAGCUCAAUCAAUCGAAAUUCUUCCUGGAAUAACAUUUUCAAAGAAAGAAAAUGUUGAGUUGAGAACGGCUAAAUCGUUGUCGGAAAAUGAAAUAAUUUCUACUUUAGAAAAAGAAAAUGGUGAAAAGUCUGGUCGUUUGUUAGAUUUGGCAUUAGAAGCAGGAUCCAACUUUUUGAAUACUCACGACAUCCAAAUUAAAGUUCCAAGUGAAACAACACAAGAACUUGCAAAAGCAUUAGAAGAAGGACGUGGUAAGAAAAAGAACAAAAUGGGAGGAAUGAUGAUGGCUGCUGGUGCAAAACUGCUUGCUUUAUUACCACUUGCUUUACUUGGCUUGAAGCUCUUAGUAUUCAAGGCUCUUGUUGUAUCAAAAAUUGCAUUCUUUUUGGCUUUAAUGUUGAGUGCAUCAAAGUUAAUGGGAAGUGGUUCCGGAUUCGGAAGUGGUAUCUUAGGAAAAGUUGGUAAUGUAGGAAGCCUCUUAAGUUCUAGUGGUGGUAACUAUGGGAGUUCCUCGGGUGGUUGGUCUUCUGGAAGUGGUUCAUCAGGUUGGUCGAAUGGAGGUGGAUCAUACAAACGUAGUUAUGAUGAAGAAACUCAAAACUUAGCGUACAAUGGACAAAAGAAAAUGGAAUAA